ACCCGACCCGCUCAGGUAAUCCCUCUUUCCAACUAACUAACUCAGCUUAGGGUUUGUUUCUCUCAUUCUGGAGGAUGAAUCCAUUGACGCAGAUAAAGUGGACACAGGCUAUAAACGCCAAGGAAUCAGAUCUAGGGAUCUCGGAAGAGGCCUCGUGGCAUUCCAAGUACAAAAACUCUGCUUAUAUCUACGCCGGAGGCUUAGCUUUCGAUCUCACAGAGGGUGAUCUCCUCGCCGUCUUCGCACAAUAUGGUGAAGUCGUUGAUGUCAAUCUUAUCAGAGACAAGGGCACUGGAAAAUCAAAGGGUUUUGCUUUUCUUGCUUAUGAGGAUCAAAGAAGCACCAUUCUCGCUGUUGAUAAUCUGAAUGGAGCUCAGGUCUUGGGGAGGACCAUCAAGGUGGACCAUUGUAGCAAAUACACUAAGCGAGAGGAGGAAGACGAAGACACGCGACAGCACAACAGAGAGGCACGUGGUGUCUGCAGAGCUUUUCAGAGAGGAGACUGUACUCGUGGUGAUUCUUGUAAAUUCUCCCACGACGAGAAAAGAGCUGCAAAUACUGGUUGGGGUCAUGAAGAGGAUAGAAGCGCCAAGUGGGAUCAUGACAAGUUUAAUGGUCCCAACAAGGGUGGUGGCCAUCGAGGAGACUUCCAACCUGAUCCGAAUUACAGAGGAAAGGGUCGUGGAGAAAGAGAUAGAGUGGACAGGGAGCCAAGGUCUAGAGAUUCUUACGAUAGGAGGGAACAAAAGAUAUCAGGACGUCUUGAUGAUUCGCAAUAUUCAAGACACGAUGCUGAAAAUGAUUAUGCAAGGGACGACAAGAGAUCCAGAACACAUGAUAUGGAGAAAUCGAAGGAAAGAUCUAGAAGGGAUUAUAACGACAGGGAAGGAGAAGGUUCAAGUCGGCAAUCGGGGAAAGAUAGUGAUUAUUCGAGCAGGGAUGCUCGCCGUCGCUAAAGGGAUGUACAAUGAGAUGUGUUGUUCUUUACAAGAGAGUUGGUUAUAUUAAACUGCUUCGUCCUUUUACCGUCAUUCAUUCUAUGUUUGUUGUGACACCCUAGACUUGUUGAUUACUUAACUGUUUGGAGUGAAUGAAGUCGUUUAUGGUUCA